ACGAUUCAUCGGUAUAUAUCAUCGUGUUUUGUAUCUGCUCGAUGCUUUUUCUUCGCGAGUCCGUUUCCUCGUUGUAACGAAGGAAAGAGCGAAAUAUCUUUCCUUUUCUUUCUUUUCUUCUUUUUCCUUUUUUCUUUUCAGGGAGGAAGCUUUCGAUCGAACGAUCCCCGAUUCUUCCUCCGAUCCUUCUUCGUUUAACGAUCUAUCGUUACAACACUGUGUACAGAUAUCCCGAGGGAACGUGACAAGGUCGAAGCAGGAUUCGAUUUUCGUUCGAGCAACCAACAAAGCAAAUUUCUCUUUUCCCUUUUCUCUUUCUCUCUCUCUCUCUUUCUCUCUCUCUCUCUCUCUCUGUCUAUGUCUGUCUGUCUGUUUGUCUCCUGUUGCUCCCCGAGGCUCAAACAGGGAGAAAAAAAAAAAACAAAGUUAACAAGUAUCGUCCGUGUCAUUUUUGACUUUCUUUGAAUUCAAGCAGGACCAAUGAUUCUCUCUAUUUCUCUUUCUCUCUUUCUCUCUUUCUCUCUUAAUUGGCCCGGCGACACGAUGCGUUCCUAGCUGGCUGGUCUUUCAGACACGUCUUUCUUCGAUAUCGAUUCGAGACAGGGACAUCAUUGUCGAGAGAAACGAAAAGAAACGAAUGUCGUUGCGAGAUGGUAAUGAAAAACACACACACACACACACACAAACACACAUAGAUAAAAAAGAUAGAUAGCGAAUCAACCGAAACGAACGAAAAAAAGGAAAAAAAAAAGCGAACGAAACGAGAAAGAAAAAAGAGCAAAACAGAAACGAGAAUUUUACAGUUAUCCAACCAACGAUUGUCGUCGUCGUCGUCGUCGCCGUCGUCGUCGUCGUCGUCGUCGUCGUCGUCGUCGUCGUCGUCGUCGUUUAGGAACGUCGCCGCAAGCUGCGUCAUCGGCACAACUUUUACACACUACUACCACCACUAUUUACUACUAACUACUAACCAACUACUGUUACCAUUAGUACUAUUAGUAUCACUGCUGUUACCUACUUUUGUCGUGUUGUAUCCAUCCGACGAUUGACUAUGCCUGAUUCUGUUUCUCCGAGAUACCCAAUUUCCACCUUUUCCCUCUCCCCCUCUAUCUUCUUCUGUGUCUCAUCUUCCCUCGAAAGUCCAAUAAAUACAGACGCAACUACGUACAACCUCCUCCUCGAAAUUAGUUGAAACCGAUCCUGUCUUUGUUGCAGAUGGACAUGAAGUCUGUCGGAUCGUUCUACUACGAGAACUUUGCCUUCCCAGGAAUGGUUCCGUAUAAACGACCGGCGGGCGACAAGUCCGGCAUGCCGGUCUAUCAGCCGACCGGCGCGACGACCUAUCAACAGUUAAUGCAGCUGCAGCAGCCGUUCGUGCCUGUGUCAUGUGAGUACACUGGAACACCACCCCUACCCACCCAAACCUCUAACCAAUCGGUCGUGCAACCCCCGAACGUGCAAAGCAACCACCACGCGGUGGUGGUUCAGUCCUCCUCCUCCUCCCAGGGAACCGGCGGCGCCACAGUGAAUAACUGCGCCGACGCCAACAAUGGCGUGCUGAUGGAUCCCUGCAACAACCCACCGCCACCACCUCCGACCGCCGACAAUAACAGUAACAAUAGCAGUAGCGGCAGUAACAAGCAGCCGAAUGCCACGCAGAAUCACGACGCGUCGGAAAACGCGCAUAACUCCCCCGAAUUGAAUCACGCGAGUCCAUCGACGAUUUCGCAACAGCAACAGCAGCAUCAGCAUCAGCAUCAGCACCAGCAUCAACACCAGCAUCAGCAACAUCAACAUCAACAGGCGCAGCAGCAUCAACAGCAACAACAGCAACAACAACAACAGCAUCAGCAACAACAGCAGCAACAACACCAAUUGCAGCAACAGCAACAGCUGCAGAACCAAUUGGCGCUGUCAGCCGCCAGCGUGCAGCCGGCGAUGAGCCCGCUGACCUCGGUCGCUGGUCUCACGUCGAUGCCAGGCGUCGUCAACAUGGCCUCGAUGGCCUCGAUGACGAACGUGCCGUCGGUCACGAGCAUGGUGUCAAAUUACAACGCCUCGAGCGUCGCCGGCUUGAACAUGCUCAACAGCCUGGGCAUGGCGGCCACCGGACUGCCCACGCACCUCGACCCGGCCGCCCUCGCGAAAGAGGUCGCCCAGAAGAAUUACGCGAAAGCGAUCAAGCUGUCGCAGGCGUCGCAGGCCUCCUACGGUAUCAAUCAGCUCACCGCGCUCAACUACACCGGCGUCGCCCUGAACAAACAGGCGCUGGUGAACCCGGCGGCAGCAGCGGCCGCCGCCGCCGCCGGCACACAGGCGGUCGCUGGAUUGCCGGCGACAGCCGCCACACCGAGGCCGGUGAUACCGAACCUCGCCGGCAUCCCCAGCGCCCUCACGUCCCCGUUAUCCGCUGGAAUCCUCGCCUACUCACGACCGCCCACCGGCGCACCCAUCAACCCGUACUCGCUGAUGAGGCAACAGAUCCUGCCGAAUCCCUACGCGGUCCAGGCGUCGAUACCCUCGGUGCCCGGCGCCGCCGUCCAGGGCAAUCCUUACGCGGUGCAGAAUCCUUACACCGUUCUACCGGGUGUCGCCAGCAUGCCUGGCGUCGCGGCCGGCGUCGCGGCCGCCGGUGUACCCGGUGUCCCGCAGAUACCGCAGAUCCCGAACCCGGCGACCAUCGCGGCGCAACCGCAGGUCGCCAUCCCGGUCAGCUCCGGCGUCAUCAUGCAACCGUACAAAAAGAUGAAGACCUCGUAAACGUGGAGGACAACCAGGUUUGUUCGUUUUCUUGGAACGAGAGGGCACGGCUGCGGGGUGGGGG